UUUUGCUUUUUACCUGGAAUAUUCAUUGUCAAGACAUGCAAGUUUAGUUUUCUUUGAUUCAUUUGUUAUUUGAUUAAUUAAUUGAAAUGGAUCAAACAUUCAACGAUGUGAUAAAAGUCAUAGAUUUUUACUGUGAAAUAAUCGAGAAUCCAGAGGUUUUCAAGAUAGUCGAUGAUAGUUCAUUGAAAAAAUCUUUUGAAGCUUGUGUUUUUAUAGAGAAUGUAAUGAAAAAAAUCCAUGAUUCAAAGAAAGAUAAGGAGUUUGAAAGUCAUUUGAAAAAUUGGAUGUUGCAGAAGAAAAAAACCAAAGUAUACCAGUGCUCGGAUUUCAGUAAUGCUUGUGAUCAAUUACUUGAAUUUUGUUUCAAAGAAGAAAAAAUAAGUAAUGAAAUUGUAGAUGACUUUUUAAAAUUGUACAUACAACAAUGUGGCAAUGUUAGACUUGAAAAAGCAAUUCAUAAUAUUAUGACCCAUGCUAUGCAAGCUAAUGCUAUAAUAAAAGUUCUUAAGAAUCUGGAAUUUCCUCAGUCAGAUAUUGAAGAUGAACUUCUUCUUAGUUCAUGGAACAAUGAAAUUGAAUUAGGAAGAAGGAAAAAAGUUAUUGAAUUAAUUGUAGAUAUGUUUCACAAAGAUAAAAUUCCAAAACUGAUCUCAUUAGCUUAUAAAUCAAUUUCAGAAAGUCCUGUGAAUACUCUUAUUUUAGAUUAUUUUACUCAAUUACUCGAAGAUAAUAAUAUUAAAUUGUAUACAGAAUUAAAAAAUACAAAACGAAAAGUGCUUCUAAAGCUUUUAACAGAUUAUAAUAAAUUUGAAAUUAAUUUUAUUGAUACUACUUUUUACAUAGGAAGAAACAUGUAUGAAGAAAAUGGAGAAUGGGUCAGUGAUUCAGGUUUUACUUAUGAUGAUUUAGAAGCUAUGAUUUUAGUAUUGUUAAGUGGACCAAUAAGUAUGGCUAAUUCAACUAUAGAGAGAAUUAAAUUAGCCAAAGAGUUAGAUGCCGUCUUUGAAGGUAUUGAACGUGACUGUAUUUUGUAAAUAGAAUUGUACAUAAGAUUUCCAAAAAGCUCCAGCAACAUUUUUUCUUGCGUGUCUUGACAAAGAGUAAUUUUAAUAGUAUUGUAAAAAAAUGUCAUUUAUUUCUCUGUUAUUUUAGUUUAAGCGUCCCCGAUAACACUCCAUUUACAGCAGUAUUGAAGUUUGCUGCAGAAGAAUUCAAAGUAUCUCCAGCUACAUCUGCUAU